AUGGUAAGCUACCACUUCCUCGUUCAGCAGCUGUCCGGCUUCUUUGACGGCUGCGAUUUCCUCCACGUCCCACGCGCGGAAAAUGAAGCCGCCGACACGCUAGACAAGAUUGGCUCAUCCCGGCAAUCCAUCCCGUCCGGCGUCUCCCUCGAGCACCUGCACAAGCUGUCCGUCAAGCCAUCUCCGGACUCCGAGUCCAUCUUCGUCCCAGAUGACCCGGCCGCGCCUCCACCCGGCCUGGGGACUGCCGAACCCGGCCCGGGGACUGCCGAACCCGGCCCAGGAGCCGCCCAACCCGGCUCAAGGGCUGCCGCCCGAGACCCGGCCGCCAUCAUCCUCGACCCAGCCGUCGUCGUCCCCGACCCGGGGGCUGCCACCUCCGGCUCGGUGGCUCCUGCCCAAGAGCCCGCCACGGUGGCCGUCUUCGCGGUGGUGACGGCCCCGUCAUGGGCCCUGCCCAUCUCGGAGUUCCUAGAGAACGGGGUUCUCCCCAUGGACGAGACCGAAGCCCGACAACGGAUCGGCUCCACCCGACAGGCUAUACCGACCGGUGUCUCUCUCCAGCGCCUCCUCAAACCGUCCAUCAAGCCGUCUCCAGAGUCGGACUCUAUCUUCGUACCGCCUGCCCCCGAUGCAGCCGGAUCCGACUGGAGGAACCCAGCAGGCGGCGCGGGGACUUCGACAACCGGCCCGGGGACUGCCGUAGUCGCACCCGGCUCGGGGACUUCAGAACCCGGCCCGGGGACUGCAGCAGUCGGCCCGGGGACUGCAGCGACACAAGAAGCGGUGGCCGACUCCAACUCCCCACCACCCAACCCGCCCACCCGAGUCACAGUGGCCGUACUGACAGUAGAAGAAGUCACAGCUCCAUCAUGGGCCCAGCCCAUCCUCAACUUCCUAGUCAAUAGAGAGCUGCCGACUGAUGAGAUCUCGGCAAGACUAGUGCAACGUCGAGCCGGAGCAUAUGCAAUAAUAAACAGAGAACUUGUCAAGCGCAGCGUCACUGGAGUCUUCCAGCGCUGCGUCGAGCCAGAGAAAGGUGUGGCAAUCCUCAAGGAUAUCCAUCAAGGCGAAUGCGGCCACCACGCAGCCUCAAGAUCACUUGUGGCCAAAGCUUUCCGCCACGGUUUCUUUUGGCCGACUGCUUUGGAAGAUGCCAAAGAGAUAGUCAAAAGCUGCAAAGGAUGCCAAGUCUUCAGUUCCAAGCAACACCUGCCGGCUUCUGCACUCAAGACCAUCCCCCUCACCUGGCCCUUUGCCGUCUGGGGG